AGGGCGAGCCGCCGGCAGAGGGCGUCCCCCGAGCGCCAGAUGCGCAGGCCGCACGCGCCCCACACGCGCGUCAGCAUGCAGACACGCAGCUUGGUGAGACACGGAGCUCUCGGCACGCCGGUGCACGCCAUAAGGACACAGCUACCGCCGCUUGCAGCAGUAACAAGACCAGCAGUGCAGGUGGUGGCAGCAACAGCGGCGGCCGCGGUCGCAGCAGCAGCAUUGGCAACGUCAGAACUGCGCGCGGCCACAACGGCAAGAGCGACGGCAGCAGCAACAGCAACAGAAGCAACAGUGUCUCCUCCUGCUUCAGGACUAGAAGGCGCAGCGGUGGUCCCCCCAGGUUCCGUCCGCGAGGGCGGGUGGCUGCUGACGUGCAGCACCUCAGCAGCAGUAGCACGUCCUCCUCCGCAUCCCCGGACGGCAGCAGUGCGGCCACGACAACGUCGACCACUCCAGUGUCAGCGACGGCGACAGUGCGGGACGCGGACUCUCUCUUCAGUCCGUACCGCCAUAACAGUCAGCAGCCCGUCAGUCCACAGGAGCCCCGUGCGGACUCGGCUCAAACUCGCGGGCAGGAUGCUGCCGCGGCCAUGGAAGGUCCUCCAGGACGUAGCGUGCCGGCUUUGAACCUCCCGGCGCUUCACGGCGGCGGUGGCGGCAGCGGUGGUGGUGGGCUUCCACAAGAUGGCCGCGUCAACCGCGGCUACACCUCACCCGACAUCGAGCUCAAGUCCUACAGCUUCACAGGCGGCGACAGUCUGGCGUCCCUGGGUGACAUCCGACCUCCUGGCCUGCCGGCGCAGCACAGCGACCCGGCUCCAACUUCACUUCCGGUCUGCGGCGGCAGGAACGGUUGGCCAUCACCCCGGGGGACAGCGACGACGAGCUGCAGGUGGCCUUCCGCCCUCGUCCCUACAGCUGGGCACCCCGGCGACGACGCCUUUGUCACAGACGGUGUCGCCAGUGGACAUUCUCGUGGACAGUGCUAACCAGCUAGGCGCCAUGAUUUCGACCGGUUCACGCACGCGCUUGCACGUCCAGAUGGAGCGCGCUCGCCAGAGCAGCGAGGAGGAAGGACGAGCUCAUAGCGACGUGGAGAGCUAUACUGGCGGGGCUGGGGGUAGUCUGGGUGGUGGAGGUCGCACGUCCAGCGUGUGUCACCUGGGCAGUGGGGGCACGGUUUCGGGGGGAGUGGGAUCCUUAAGUGAAGCACGCAAGAAGGAGUCGGCCCUUUCCGACAUCGGCGCGGACUAUAUGCGCGUCAACGGGGCCAUCGGCUCCUUCCGGCAGCUGCAGAAGCCCACGUCCAUGCAGUCGCUGCCCACGUCAUCAAAGAUGUCGUACACGUCGGCCGAGGAGGCCGGCAUCGCGCUGGUGGGGGGCGCAGACUUCCAGAAGUACACGGACGAGCGCCUGCAACACAAGUCUCGGCAGAAGCCCAACGUGGGCUACCGACUGGGCAAGCGGCGCGCCCUCUACCAGAAGCGCAAGAAGAUCUCGGACUACUGUCUUGUGUGUGGAAUGUUUGGGAUUGUUGCCAUGGUGCUGGAAACGGAACUCAGCAUGGCGGACGUGUAUGACAAGUCGGACUUUGCUUCGCUGUUCAUCAAAUCUUUGAUAUCGUUAUCUACGGUUAUCCUUCUUGGACUUAUCCUGGCAUACCACGCUCUGGAGGUCAAGCUGUUCGCGGUGGACAACUGCGUGGAGGACUGGCGCAUCGCCAUCUCGUGGCGGCGCAUGAUCCAGCUGUUCGUGGAGAUUCUCAUCUGCGCCAUCCACCCGAUCCCUGGCAACUUCACCUUCGAGUGGACGGUGAUCAAAGCGGAGGACAAGGCGUCCGUCGCGCGUGUGGUGUCCGUGGACGUCCUUCUGUCCAUCCCCAUGUUCCUGCGCUUGUACCUCAUCUGCCGUGUGAUGCUGCUGCACAGCAGGCUCUUCACCGACGCCUCGUCACGCAGCAUCGGGGCGCUGAACCGCAUCCACUUCGACACCAAGUUCGUGCUGAAGACGCUGAUGACCAUCUGCCCGGGCACCGUGCUCCUGGUCUUCAUGCUGACUUUGUGGAUCAUCGCCGGAUGGUUGUUGCGAGCCUGCGAACGGCAUCAUGACGAGAACCACGCCAACAUUCUCAACUCCUUCUGGAUGAUAGCAAUAACCUUCUUGUCUAUUGGUUACGGAGACAUAGUGCCUAACACUUACUGCGGCAGGUUCAUCGCCAUAUCUGUCGGUACCAUGGGGGCAGGUGUCACAGCGUUGGUCGUGGCUGUCAUCGCCCGCAAGCUGGAGCUCAGUCGGGCGGAGAAGCACGUGCAUAAUUUCAUGAUGGAUACACAGCUAACCAAGCGGUUAAAAAACGCUGCAGCUAAUGUUUUGCGGGAAACCUGGCUGAUAUACAAAUACACCAAACUGGUCAAGAAGGUUAAUCCCAGCAAAGUGCGUUCUCAUCAACGGAAGUUUUUACAGGCAAUACACAGCCUUCGAAGAGUGAAAAUGGACCAACGAAAGCUUGAGGAAAAUCAAAGUACACUUGUUGACAUGGCAAAGAACUUGGGAAUUGAGGGCACACAUGAGAUGCCGAGUGUGUACAUCUCUAUCCCUCAUGUCGUUUACAUGCAGACGCAGACCAACAUCCACGAGAUGGUUUCAGAAAUGCACACCAACCAAACAAACCUGGAAAAGCGAGUGAACAAGAUUGAAGACAAGCUGGCAACACUACAGAUACACCUGGACGCUUUACCAGAGCUGAUCUCAAGGUCCCUCAGGAUCCACUUUCAACCGGAACUGGAGAUGCGUCCGGCCAAUGGUGGGCACAUCACACCAUCAGCCAGCAGUGGGCCCCGGCCCUUGUCGGACUUUGUGGGCAUGCGCCGUAUAGUGGGUCCACGACAACGUCGGCCCUUCCAGACUCAGGCGUCGUUUGGAGGCUUUAGCAGUGUCAGCAACCACAACAACAACAUGAGCCGACCGAACCUAUCCGGACCCGGAACCGGAAGUGACAGCCAGAUAAAGAACGGCUAACUAGGAGCCAUCGUGUUUAAAAGGGAAAGAUUGGAGUUCGCUCUCUAGUCUGAAAAUGGAGAGUGGUACUUAUGGUUCGGAGGUCUUCUGGCCCAUUGUAGUUGAAGUCCCUGAAGACUACCAGAACCGUUGGCUGUCGGUCCUCCCCCAACCUCUCCAUUUGGCUUGCUGCCAAGGAACGUGAGAGACUAGUGCUUGAGCUAGCCGUCGCUAUAGUGACCAUACGACUGAAGGAGCAGGUGACUUAAGGAUUUGAUAAAUCGAGAUAGAAGAUUAUCUAGUCAUAAGAACAAGUGUACUUAAGGUGUGAUCCCUUGACGAGACAUAAAAUCACAAGCUUGAUUCCUGCUGUGAAAACGAUGUGGUUACCGAUGAGGCUGGCAGUUAGAUGAGUGAUGAACAAACUGAGGUCGUUGAGGAAUGAAGACUAAAGAAAAAAAGGAUUAUUGGGAAAUUAUCUAAAAUUGUAUUUAAUGUGUAUUGUCCUCUAUACGAGGACAAACAAGAUGUUAUCGCUAAGAACACUUGCGAUGUAAUUUUAAAUAAAUAUUUCAUCAUGUCUGCUUUAGUUUACAAUGAAAUGUCAAGUUAUUGUGUUGGGGUGGGCCCUUCGUUCUGCACAGAGAGGAGGGUGAAGAUAUUGUGUCAGGUAGAUGUACCCAGAAUACCACCUGACCAUUGCGUGUGGAUGGAAAAAACAAACUGUGGCAAAGGAUGUGUGCAGAAGUGUACUCAGGAAAAAGUGUUAUAGACCUGGGGUAUUCGCAAUUUCCUCUGUGAAUAAGACUGCUGUGAUACGAGAGUUCCAUUAUGAACAGACUUAUCUCCUUGGUAGGGUAAUGUGUCCAGUAGAGAUGUUCUACUGGACUGAUUCUCAUGUCUGCAGUUGUUGCUUUACCAAAUAUUUCGCGUAAGGAAUGUUAUGCUUGAAGUGAUUGUUUUUCAUGUUCAGAGAGGUAUAGGGACAAACCCAUACAAAAAAUGAAAAGUCAGGUGGUGGUUUUUAUACCGAAGAUCUCUUGCUAUAUAUUCUUUGUUUUUUCUAUGCUGUUGCGACUCGCAAACAUUGACAACUGGUCUCAAUAUUUUUUUAAGAUUUCAUAAUAUUUAGUUGCAUCAUUUCAAAAUUAUUUGUUCUGAUUAAAAACUAUUGCUAUGUCCAAUUCUUUAAGGCUUAGACAUAGUACUUAAUUCAUCCAUCGCCCAUAAACCUGUAAAAUAUAAUGAAAACUGGAUCAUUUUUGAAUUAGUUUCCUAUUUGUUAUCCUUUCAGUAAUCCUGAGCCUUGUAUGUCGUAAAAUUCUGUCUCUGGCAUUUGAGAGAAAAUAGAUGUCGUGACUAUUUAUUAGUAAAGGCAGUAGCUUCAGUAGUCCGCAAGAAGGUGGGUUGGAAGACUGAGCAAAGAAAAUCUUGGUUCAAAGCGAUUCAUUGAAAAGGUCUCACAGUGCGAACAAGGAAAAAAACUCAUUUUGGGGAAAGGGAAAUAACUGGUCACAGAACAUCAUGUUUCAGAGUUAAAUAUUCAUGAUCUAGAAAUCAGUGAACUUAUAAUUUCCAGCAUUUUUAUUUAUUUCUUUUUAAUUUCCAUUCUUUUUAUUUCACUUUAUUUUUUCAGUCUCUCUCUCUAAAGAAAUUAAGUCUAUUGAAGAAAACGUCUCACGCCUGAUACCCUGAUGACAAGCUAAACCAAUAAGGUUAGAGGUCACGAUCUGGAUAAAAGUUUUGUUGUUUUUUAUUCCUUCAUGGUCUCUUUUUCUUUUCUUCCUUUUUCUUAAUUAUUUAUUGCCCAUUACAAGUACAAUUAUUAACACAUGUCCUCAUGACAAGUCACAUCAUGUGCUCAUCACAGUUCUGCCUGACAGAGUGGUAUGCAUCGCCAGUGAGUGUGCCUUAUGUAGUGUCCACAAUAUUUGCUUGCUUUAGUGUCUUUUGUAGUGUAAAACAGUUCUGUCUGUAAGUGGCCUGUUUACUGUUUUCUGUAAAUCUUGUCUUCAUAUCAGCUUGCUUCCGCCCCAAAGCGGGUUUGUCGCCAUCACUAACUAGAAGACUUGGACUAACAUCAGUUCUCAUCCGAGAAAGUUCGUUUUCAAUCAUCUAGAGAGCGGAUCCAGUAAGGUAGUCAAACCAAGACAAAAAACAGAAUUUUCGCGAGAAAUCUUUGUUACCUGCUUGUGCUGGCAAUGAUCUCUUGUCUAGUUGCGAGUAAAAUCUGAUAAAUUAGACGUAGAAGAUUUUUAUAUCUCUAAUACUCUACAUCAACUGUAUCUGCCUCUUCAUCUGAAAAACACCUUUAUACUCUGACAUACAGAGGUAAGAAACAUUUUAGUGACCUCUACACCUGUGUACGCUUGUUAAGAGUUGUUCUUACAGCAAAUCAAAACUCUUUGCGACACCAGUCCUUACAUGGUCGGUUACUCCUUAUUCUUUAGAAAAAAAAUCCCCAAAACAAAACAAAAACAAGAUGAAAAUUGCUUGGUUCCUAAAAGCAGCUGUUUCCUUCCUAAUUUCUAUACAAACAGAUGAGCAACGUUCGUACCAUGUGUGCUAAGAGGAUCAAACACAAGCUUUGAGGGUUAAUCUCAUUUCUUGACAAUCGAUCGUUUGCUGUUUACGAGAUGUUUAUUAUUGAUAGUUUUAAAACCAGUCUGUGAUCAGAACUACAUUAUGAAUACCCAAGCAUGGAUGACUUCUGCUUUGUAGAGAUAUCUGAACGUCGACAAGUUUAGGUCUGCUCAAAACAUUUCUCUCUGUUUUUUUCUACCGAAAAGGUGCGUGCCUGCGUCAAGGAGACUUCGUGAUGGCCUUUUGAGAGUUGAUAUAUUUGUUAACUUGUCAUCCUGUCUUUAUUACUUUAUUACCACAUCAUGACGCAUUGCAAAAACCUGGAGUUUUAUCUUACUGCUUGAUUUUUCUCUCUUCUUUUCCUGAAGUAUUUUUGCCAGUUGAAUCCAAAGAACAUAAAAUGUAAUUAUAAUGUCUAACUUUGGAUGUCCAAUGCGUGCAUAUUUUUUGUAAAUCUGACUUUGUGAAACAAAGUAUCGACAUUUGCACCGUGUGUUUGCUGAUUUUUUAAGAACUACUUCUCGACAUCUGGUAUAAACAUUCAAUACAGCGCGAUAAAAGCUCAGACCGUUCUAGAAAUGGCAAUUUUUUAUCCACUUGAGAUUUUCUAAAAGAGCUCCCCCCCCACACUUCCUCUUCCCUGCACUUUUUAUUGAGAUAAGGUAGAGAAAUCUGAAAAUAGUUCGCAGAUGUUUGUCACCGUGUCAGGAACACAUGUCAUAUUAAUCAGGAGAAAGAUUAAUAACUCAGCGCAAAAAAUCCGUAUCACUUCGGGUUGUUGUCUCCAUGCUUGAUCUUUGUAUCAAGCUUCAUUGUUAGUCGCUGCUAACCAUUUCUUCUCUUCGGUGUUCAAACUUUUGCAAUUUCUUCUGUUCACUGCAAAAAAUAAUAGCGCAUAUUUUGUUCUUGUAUACUGUCACCACCCUGGGUGGCAAACACUUCAAAGAUGGGGUUCCAGUAGUUUAAUGUGAGUGACUUGCCCUUUCUAGAAGUAAACAAGCAUGACCAAGAGUGAACGGCCAUGUUCUGGUACUGACAACAUUGAGGGAUACAACUUCAAGCCAAAAGUUUUUUUAUCGAUUGUAAUUUCGGGAAAAUUUUUAUAAUUGAAGGUAAAAAGUCAAGAUUUAAUUUUAGUAAGUAUAGCUGCUCCCCUGAUAUAUUUUCUCAUAUGUGAAAACCUAAAUGAGAUGAACUGUAGUGUUCUAUUAACUAUUCAUUGGUUAUCAAUGUUUGUUAAAAUAUCACCAGAAGAACACACACAGAUAUGGAACUCACCCUACACUUGAAAAUAAGUUUAUCUGAUUGUAAGAAUCUAGCUGAUAUCAAACAGAGCUGAUGUCGGUUUACAUUUAGUCUUAGUUUUCGAUUCUCGCGGAACUUGCGGGUUUGUUUACGCCAGCUAGGGGAGGUCACUCACAGUUUAGGACUCGAAUAUUCUGAACUUCAUUGUACAGCUCAGAGACUAAGAAACCGUUGUUUUCUUUUCUUUUCUUUCUGUUGGUAGUCACAAUGGACAAGCCGGUGACAAAAGUGUUAUCCUAGCUCGCUGGUAUUGUUGAAAGCACAGUGAGAGCUUUAGUUCCGCUCGUCUUCCAAAUGUUGCAACUGCGUCUUUCUACUUUCGCUUACAAAAAGACUAUUAUGGAGCAUCUUGAAGUUUAAAAACAUUCCGAAAGUACUCUUUCUCUCGCGUAGGUCUUCAGCUGUCCCUCGUACUCAACCACUAAUCAUCUAUUAACCCAUCACCCAGACAACUCUUUUCCCCAGCCUCUCUUUCUCUUUAGAUAUAUAUAUAUUUAUAGAGAGGUAAAGAAAAAAGUUACUGAAUUGCUUACUCAUGUACAUACAAUCGUAUUUGUGUGCGUAAGUGUGUUGGUUUGAGAUUCAGCAUGCCCAUCAGCCUUUAUACAGAGUCCGAAAUGACAUACCUGUGUGUGCAUGCGUGCAUGAGUGGUCUUCGUGUUGUUUAUCAUAAUAAAACUUGUCUCGUAGCCUCUGUUUCGCCACAUAUUGUUCACACGUUCCACGCCUUCUCAGUUUCUAGGAAGGUAUUUUCCUGUUGUUAUUCGACAAACCUUUCCAUACAUUGAUAUAUCUAGCUAAAGACAAGUCUAUUUCAUUGUUUUGGGUUUUUGAGUUUGUAUUUUAUGUCCUCGUGUUGUCUUCUCCAUUUUUUAGUUAACUGUGUAUGGUGAUUGCGUGCAAAAAUAAAAUACUGUCGUCUUAAGCAUUAUUAAUUACCAAUGAUUGAUCCAUCCAUUCAUCCAUCACGGAACAGGAAUGCCUCCUUUUCUGGGGGAAGAGAAAGAUAGGAUUUGUUGUGACACUAUGUCCGCUUCCAUUUCCUCAAAAUGUGAAAGGGGGAUGUAUCAAAGCUUUUGUAAGAUUCCAAAAUGCUUUUUAUAAAUAUUCAAAUUUGUGAUUUAAAAAAAUGAAAGUCUUUCCCAUGCUCAGCUUAAAAGCAAUCAAAUGGCUUCUCUUGUUUUGUACUUAUAUUGACGUUCGCUUGUCCUUGACAUUUAACUCUGCAAUGAUCGAGGGUGUAAGCGUUUUGGGCGAGGCUGUCUCGCCUAUAUGCUUUGAAGGAAAAAAUCCAAACGUUCAAUCUUCCAGUUUUCCCUUAGAAUAAAUUAAUUUGUGUACAUAAAGCUAUCUUAAAUUGUUUUAAAAAGUACUAAACUAUAUAUAGUUGUACAAUAAUUAGACGUUCCAUUCCAUUACAGCCUUACCUCUGAACUCGCAGUUAUGGCCCCGCGAGUUGAUAUGCAAUCCCCCCCAAACCCUGUCCUCCACCCGCCCUCUGUCCCCCCUUAAAAAUGCUAUUUCUGGCGCGUGCCAGUCAAACGCCAGUGAGCAAUUAACCUCUGAAACAAUUAUUUCACAAUUCACACACACCUCACGAUGAUAUAAAAAAAAAAAAUUUCUAAAUUAAACAUUUCCUUCCAAAGAAAAUGAGAACUAAUGGGAAACAACCACGACACCUUUGCUCACGUUUGGAAGGUAGUAUUCUCCCUUUGGCUCGCUUACUUCCGAGAAAGAAGAGGAAGAAAUAGGCUGAAGAUCAUUUAUUCAAAUCACACCUUAUGUUAAGUCCAAUGUUAACUUCCUCCUCCGUGAAUUUUAUAGCCCAUGUAUACUUCAGUCUAUGCGUUGUACCGUUUGUCUUUCAGCUCAGAGACAUGUGUACGCAUAAUAAAGAAACAAAUCACAAA